AAAACAGUUGCGACGGCAAAUUUCCUCCCGAAGCCCGCUGGCGGCAACACAACCCUCGUUUUUUGAGGAAAAAAAGAACCCAGCCCUCGUUUUUUCUGCUCUGGUGCUUCGAUUUCGAGCGUAUCCGUAGCUCUCGGUUCAACUCUCUCUCACAAUCGAUAACCGCACUCGUACUCUGUAUGCAUCUCUAACCUUGAUUUUGUUGUUGUUACGGUUGUGGGUCGAAGAUUACUACUGGAAGAGCCUGUGAGAGGUUGCUGCAUCAGAAAGGGCUGUGCAGGACAGAGAUGAGCUACAAUGAGUAGGUUGUCAUUCAGGCCUCGUCCGCUUGACAUUCAUAAGAAGCUCCCUAUUGUCAAGUCUGUGAAAGAAUUAGAAGAUGACGAAACCCCCACUUCUACCCGCAAUUCCCAACUGAUUCGUAGCGCGGUUGAGGUAGAUAAUGAGGUACAUCAAGUGCCUUGCAAGAAAUUGGCUCCUGAUAUACCCACUCCUCAAUUUGUUGUGGUCGAUACAUAUGAGAUAGACUACUCCCGCACUUUUAGUCAACCAACUUCCUACUUACGUGGCAGAGGAGCUCGGACAGAACUUGGAGAGUUUGUUGAGUACGACUUGGACAAUGAAGAUGAAGAUUGGCUUCUAGACCUUAACAGAGAAAGGAAGAUACUUACUCCUGAAAGAUUUGAGAGUUUCCUCUUUAAGUUGGAGGUAUUGGAUCACAAGGCUCGAGAAAGAGCUGGUAUCAUAACAACUACUCUUGGUUCACCCGUUCCUGUACUCCUACAACAUGAUAAUGCUAUUGAGGCACUGCAAACUCAAGCUAUCAGAUAUUCAGUUAUCGAAUCUGUUUACAAUUAUUGGAAGGAGAAGCGUGAACAGUGGCAAAAGCCUAUUUUGCGGCGCUUGCAGCCACCUCCACCUGUCAAUGAUACAAACCCGUACAAUGUGUUUAGGCCAAGGGAGAAAGCACAUAGACUUCAUACAAGAAGGAUGCAACGGAGGGAAAACAAUGUGCAAUCUUUUGAAAAGCUUCGCCAGGUUAGGCGCAACCUGGAACAAGCUAAAACCUUAUUGGAGGCUUUAAUUAAGAGAGAGGAGAAAAAGAGAGAUCUGAUGGAUAGUGAAGUUAGCCUUCAGCGGGUUCAUUUGAAGUACAAGCACGAAACUGAACUUCUGGAAGAGAGCUUGGCACUUCCCAGGUUCUUACCCUUCUCCUGCAAGUUUGGUUCAAGCGAGGACGAAUUUGUGGAGUUGGAUGAUAUCAGUCGCCCCCCACGUAUACGAACUUCUGGUUCUUUCAUGGAUGCAAACGCAGUUAUGCUUCCAAGUGAAAGCAUAAAGUCAGAAUAUAGGCAACAGUUGCCACAUGGAUGGCUUCAUAAAAUGGAUCCUGUGGAGCCAGUUUUGUUGUUUGCAAAACCUCUGGUUGCAGAGAAGUUGGCAGCUGCAGCUAUAGUUCCACCAUCAGACUCCUCCCUAAGGAAUAGUGUGUCAAUGGGAUCUCAUAAAUUUAGGGGCAGAAUUGGACGAGGUGGCAGAAUAAUAUUUGAUAGAUGGAAUCCAUUGUUGCAGACUGGUAUUGAGUGUGGUAGUAACUCAUAUUAUUCACCACCAAAACAAGCGCAUAUAGCAUUUAAUUGAUUCACCACGAUCUCAACAUUCUUCCGCUGUAUAAACGGGAGGAGUUGUGUAUGUUAAUUGUUAAAUUUAUAAUAGAGCGUCAAAACGAGCUUCUUUUUUCCGAUUUAAAAUUAAUGUAUAAGCGAGAGCUAGUAUGCAUGUUUCUUCUGCUGCCCA